UAUCUAAUCUUGCUCGCAAUUCUACUGAGCAGUAUAGACUCCAAUUUACCUUCACUUUUAAUAUUCUUCUUUGAUAUUUAUAUUAUUUUAGUAACAUUUGCAUUUUUAAAUUAUGAAUAUCUUCUUUAUAUUUUCGGGGUAUUUCAGUGUCUAAUAUUGAUUUAUCUUGAGAUUUCUAUGAAAUUCAUAUGAUAUCAGAGCAAUCAUUACAGUACAAAAAAGUUCAAAUACACAUAACGACUUUCGAAACAGAAUUACAUGAAAACAUUGAAGAAAAUAAAAUAAUGAAUAAAGACAAUAGAAACAGAUAUCGAAAUACUGCUAAUAAUAAAACAGUAUGCUCAAUUUGUUUGAACACUAAAACAGUUGAUAAAGAGAAAAUAGAAGAAAUUAGGAUAAUAUGUCCCAUAUGUCAUAAAAAUAAUCAGUGCGAUAAAUAUGGUUGUGAUAAUCGUACAAUGACAGAGAAACAACAGGCAAAUCAUGAGAAAAGAGAACAGGAAACGAAGAAACAUAAUACAAAGGUAAUACAAACCUCACAUUCUGAUAUUACUCAAGGUUUGAAUUUACUAAACGAGGUAUUAACAGUUUUUCAAAGUAAAAAGCAACUGUCUGUAGAGAGAGCAACUAGUAAAACUGCAUUAUCUAAAGAUGCUUAUACAAUUACUGAAGUAAAACCAAAAAAUUGCGAUCUUAAACCUAAAUUGUCAUUAAGUAGAGUAUUUCAAUAUUCAAUUGAAGAAGACACAAAGAUAUAUGAUAACUAUAAUUUUAGAAUUGUUCAUUAUUUUCAACCGGAUUAUAUGAGAAAAUCUCAGCAUUUGAUCAAACGAAAAUCAUCUUCAAUACCUCAAAUGAAAUUAGAGGAAUUAAAACAUUCGUUAAAGGAAAAAAAUAAAUCGAAAGAUACCAUACAAGAGGUCAAUAGAAUGUUUGCUACAGUUAAAAAAAAUGAAAUAUCAAACUGUUUAGAAUAUUCUAAUAGGCCUGCAGUUAGAAAUGGGCCUAGAAUAUUGCCUGUUGUAAAAACUAAAGAUCAUGAAGACGCUAAUAUAGAAUUUAAUAAGAAAACAGAAUUGGAACAUAACUGCACGUGUUGUGGAAUGAACCAGCAACUGUCUAGUGGAGAUUCAUUGAAUCACAUGUGUCAUAAAAUGUGCCAUGAAAAGAAAUGCGAUAAAUGCAUUUAUACGUUGUGUUGCCAUUAUGAAAACUCACAUCAGAUAAAACACAAACCUCAAGUUUGUGAGUUUUGUAAAAAAAAUUAAACUUGUGUGGACACGAAACAAAUUGCAAUUG